CAGUCAGACCCUUCGGCGGCUGCAUCGAGAGCAGAGGUGUCGGAGCAAUAGCGAGUGUUGUUCCAGCUUGGUUGGUUCUAGAACACGUUGUUCAAGAGGCUGAUCCACACACUGAGUGGAGAUUUUUCAGCAGGAUCAGUGGCUGUGUGGGAGCCAGAGCACCUGAGGCACAGCGGGAUGGCAGAGCUGUGGGGCUGGGCACGAUCCAGAGCGUUCCGCAGGGCCCCCAACAGCACUGCGAUGCCCGUCAGGGUGACCCAGAGGUCCCAGGACCAACAGCCUAAUGCCAAUGAGGCAUUGCACAAUGGAAGUGUGCAGAAUGUCAAAUUGUAUAACCCACUUGCAGCAGAUGUGAGAAGAACCGAAUCAAACGCUUCAUGUCCUGCCCCCGAGAAAAAGAGAACAAAGCCCAUGAAACCUGCAGAGAGUGAAGGGAAUCCUUGUAGUGCUGUUUAUCGUCGACCCUACAGGGACAGGGUGAUUCAUUUACUUGCUCUGAGGACUUACAAGAAGCCAGAGUUACUUGCUCGCUUGCAAAGAGAUGGAGUCAUGCAAAAGGACAAGGGCACCCUUGGAAAGAUGCUUCAGCAGGUAGCCAACUGGAAUCCAAAGGAUAAUUCCUUCAGUCUGAAGGAACAUCUGUUUCAAACCCUUCAAACUGAUUGGCCUGGCUACAGUAAAACUGAUAGAGAGAAUUUGAAGUUAAUACUUUCUAGAAAAACAGCUCCAUCUCAGAACCCCACCGGCGGCAGCCAAGCGACAUCUCCAGGGCCUUCUGAGAGAGAUGCUCCAGCAAGACCUGCUCAGAAAUGGCCUCUGGCUUCUGACUUUACCAGUCCGUUGAUGAGCAAGAAGAGGAGAAUUGGUCACCAGCACAGUCAUAUCCAGCCAGCAGCGGGUGGCCACUUUUCUUCCUUGCUUCUGCCUUCCACAUCCCUCUUCACUAUGGUCAAGCCUCCAAGUGUCGGCUCUAUUUCCCCCUGCACACCUGUGGUGCAACAAACAGAGAAAUUUCAGAGUUCCAGCAUCCCAGAGCCCGCCAGGGUGCAGAAGGAGAUCCCCAAUUCAAAUGGGAAGAAAAACGAAUUAGGGAGGCUGCAGCAGUUUUGUCCCUUGGAUUUCAAUGAAGGAAAUAGAGAAGAUACUUCCAUUGCCUCCACAUGCUCUGCAACAAGCAACCAACCAGACUAUUUGAGAAAAUACAUAGCCAUUGUCUCCUUGGAGCAAUGCCAGCGCUACAAGGAUGACUUCAAUGCAGAGUAUGAGGAAUACAGGAAUUUGCAUUCUCAGAUUGACAAUAUCAUAAAGAAGUUCAGACAGUUUCAGGAACAAUGGAAGUCUCUGACUCCAGGCUCCGAAGCCUAUCAGACUCUGCAUCAUCGAAUCCUAGCAGAUUAUCAGCAGUUACAACAGGGUAGCCCCAGCUACUCUGAAAUGAAGAGCAGGUGCCAGUACCUCCACAAAAAGCUGUCCCAUAUUCAGAGCUGCAUUUCUGAAUUUGACCAGCAGUAAGUGGAGUACUGGCACCAGACAUCUGCUUCAGCAAGGAAACAUCUAUGAACUCUGGGUUUUUUAUUUCAACUAGAAGAUUAGUUUUUUUAGGAUUUUAUAAAUUAGUAUUGAACAGUAGGUUAUUUUACCACUGAGCAGUAGAUAAUUGCUUAAAAAUGUAGGAUUAGUUCAAAGAAGUUUAGUAAGUUUAAGAAGUUGAAAGAUGAUAGUAUUGAACGUUAACAAGAAAGAAAUCUUCCUAUUGGUAAUUCCUUCUCUCAUUGUUGCUUGUGUCGUAUUUGUAGUGGGUUUCUUUUGAUCACUUCUUUUCUUCAAGUCUUCUUUCUUCAAGUCCACUGAAAUAAAUUUAUCAGUAGGGGAUGGAAGCCCACUACUUCUACUAUGAAGUUGCGCAGAUUUUAAGAAAAUAUUGUAGCAAAUGGAAAUACUUUAUGAUAAGUAUAGGAGUGGUUUUUGACCUUUCUUGUUAAUGCAAACUCUUUGUGUAAUGUGGUGAAAGGCAUAGAGGUUUGUACAAACCCCUCCCCAAAUCACCUUGUUUUGGAGGGCUACAGUGGAGUGCACAUGGGCUGCUCUAAGCUGUCAGUUGAAGCAGCUCCCAGGACUGCUUGUAAAUCAUGGCCUUAGCUUGUCAGUGAGCCAAGAAAUAUUCAGAUCUUUGCAAGCAUUCUGUAAAACACAGGGAGAAGUGUUGGAGGCAAGGUACUUCAAUGGGUUUUAAAGAGAAAUUGGGUUCAAGUGGCUCUAAAGGAUCCCUAUGAGUUUUGUAGUUUUCUCCAAACUAGUCUGUCACAAUCUCAGUCUUUUUAGGCAGACACAGCCGUUAAUUCCUGCACAGACCCAUGGGGACUUUGACAUCUAGACGCUUUCCUAAGUUUCCUGUCGGAAAUAUAUUCAGCUGACAGGGUAGACGUGUGGCCAGCAAUGUCAUCACCUUCUUUUGGGAGAGAUAUGAAAUUGACAGAGGGAAGACAAUAUUUGGGAACAAUGAAAGGUGGCUGUGAAUGCCCCUUUCUUCCUUGGAGAGUAUUCUACAAAUUCCUCAAUUGUCUCCAUGCCAAUGAUGUUGACCCCUGUACCUGAAGAGGUCUUGGGGUGUUUUGUGAUUGAACAUUGUUGCCCUUCUGUUCUCCUUCAAGUGAAGUUCAAGAAAUGUCACCUCUUGAACCCUGAGACUUGGGUCCAUUUUUGCCUGGAUCAUGGGGUGCUCCUACAGCUCUGCAGUGCAGCAGCAGCAGGAACGCUGCCGUGGGGGGCAUGGGGUGAAUUCUGCUGGAAUGCCUCCCCUUGGCCUGGUGGCUGCUGCUGGUUGUCAGAGUGUGCAAGAGUGCUGAUGGCAAGAGUGUCGCCUGAGAAAGAGGUUUUACAAGGACAUCCUUAUUCUUGGUCACAUUGCACUCUUCCUGUAAACUGCAUUUAGGAUGUGUAAUAUCCACAUACUUAUUAGGCCUGUGUAUUUCUGGCUGUCAUUUUUGUCCAGAUUCCUUAAAAAAACAAAUGAGAAAUAAAAAACACUCUAGUCAGGAAAAAACAAAAACCACAACACCUUUAAGUGGAAAAAGACUUGAAUUUUACAACAAAAAGUACAGUUGCUGGAAAGCUGCUUUAUAUGCCAGUUAAAAAUUAUUAUAUGAGCUCAGGAGGCUCUGUGAACCUUGGAUCUAACUCUGUAAGCUCAUAGCUGUAGAACAAAGCAGGAGCAUCCCUGAAGACCAGAAGGAUGCUCAAGACCCAUGGGAGUGGGGCAGAGCAGAAGAAUAUGGUGGGGAUUAGCACCCUGCUAGCUUCACCAGAAGCCUGUCACCACUCCUCUGUCCCAUGCCUGCUCACAGUUGGGGUAACCUGUGUUUCAAAACAGAUCUGAGCAUCCCAGCUUGCAGUGCUUCUAGUGAGGCUGCACCUGUGCAUGGGGUUGUCCCCACCUGCUGCUGCAGAGAAGAUUUUGGUGUAGGAAAAAGCAGAACUCAUCAGGUUAAUGAAUAAAAAUAUGUCCCAGUCUUUAGAACGUCUUUGUAUAUGAACUGGAGUAUCCUUGGUCUUCAAAAGGAUGGGCCUGUCAUGGCCCAGGCAUGUCCAGUUGAUUUCUCUUGUUAACUGAGCAUGGCUGAACAUACAAAGGAAUGUCGGUAGUUGUUGAUUUGCACUUACAGCCUAUAGUCAGCCCCCCAGUCUUUAUCCUUUUGAUCAAAGAAUAGUGAGACUUUAACAUCAUCAGCUUGGAAUUCCCAGGUGAAUCUUCAGGUCACGUGGAAAAUGUUUCAGGUUAAAAACCCUAAAACAGUCUUGACGCUGACAGCCACAAAAGAAUCAGGGCUUGCUUUCCUCUGACCAAGUCUGCCUCCCUGACACAAAGGACUUGACCAAUAGCCUGCACAAGAUGAAAAUGGAUAGAGUGAUAUUAUUGUUGGGCUCAGCCAUUGUUUUCAGCUGUUCUUGAAUGAGAAGCUGGGAGUGGAACAGAACUGAGAAAAGGGAUAGAUCUCAAUACUGGAGAGUUUAGUGUUUUUCCCCACUACCUGACCUGAACCUCUUCCUCCUUUCCAAAUGUGACAGCCACGUAUAGAGGCUAAGAAUGGCUUCAAGACUUAAUAAGAUAUAUGCUUUCAAAAUAGCCAUUUUCAUAAUAAUAACACUGAUUGCAAAAUACAUGUAGUAAAAAUCUAAUUCUGUGAGGACAUCACUUUACUGGAAAGUCAGAAGUACUGACCUAGAGAGAAAGAAUAACUGCAAACCUUUUAAAAAUAAAGCUUUGACCUGAAUUCAACCUUCCACUUCAAACUACCCUCUGUACUUGUGUAAAGUUUUGCUGCCUUAGGUGUUUGCCUUCUCUGUCUUCAACCUGAGGCUUUGGAGCAGACCUGGACUGGCUGAUAUGUCUGUCUCUGUACUGACACCAAUUUUUGCAAUGUUUUGUAAGAGAUGCUGUGGACUUACAAGGACAGCAAAUACUGUGUUACUUGCUCUCCACCAGCAGAACUUCCCUUAAUACCACUGCAGUGAAGUGGGCACAAAAGAUCUGAGGUAACCCAUGAUGGCUGCAUACCAUGUCACAAGCCUGGAAAGAGGACGCCAUCUACAGUAAAGUUAGUGCCAGUCCUCCACACGAUUUCUAAUUAUCCAUCUAUCCAUCCAUUCCCACAGUAAAUUUCUAGCAAUUCUGCACUUGCCACAAGAUGGCAAAAAUUUCACCAGACAAGCAUUUAGGAAAGAGAUUAGGAGGUUCCCACAGAUUUACAGUAAUGUCAGUGAAGAUGGGAUAAGAGUCAUAAUAGUGUCCUUGUUGCUUCCUGUUUUCAGAACCACUGGAAAAGUCUGACAGGUAACAAAAAAAAAAUGCAGGGAGCCUACAUAUACUUACCUAUAAAAAGGUAUCCCCACAGAGCCUGGGUGGGGAAUUGGCUGGAUCAAUGCUUGACCAAAGACUGGUGAUCCUCUCCUAUCUGAUGUCCCCUUCCUUUUUAUCUUUCUUCCCUCUUCCUUUAAUGCUUCAUAAACCAAACCCUUCCUCCCUUCCUCCCACUGCUACCUGAAUACACUCUGGCUUUUGGGACACUGCCUGCAUCUUCCAUCAGUGCUCAGUGCUGGUGUUGGGGCUCAGUGGCUGCUCAGUUGAGGAUAUGGGUGUCCAAGGUGAGGCUGGGGAUCUGACCAACCUGGUCUAGUGGAAAGUGUCCCUACUCAUGACAGGGGUGUUGGGACAAGAUGAUCUUUAAGUCUCUUGCAACUCAAGCCAAUGGCUCUACCCAAGCCAGUAUGGUUCUAUGAUACCAGUAAGCUACAAAAAAUAUCACCAGUGUAACACUCAAGUAUGCUAAUAUAUCCAUAAGUAAUCACAUGAGACUGAUUAGAGAUUUUUUUUUAAAUUUUGUAUCAAAAUUUUACUUAUUCAAUCUAAAAAUGUGUAAUUUAGGGUACACUAAAAGAAAAACAUACAAGAGUUUCAGGACAUGCCUAAUAAAAUAGUUACUCCUUUUUCUAACAGUUUGGUUUUGUUUUCAAAUCCACCACACCACAGCCUAAGGACAAUAGCAAAGAUUUUAUGACUAUCACGUGGAAAACCUUACUAGUGCAGAAAACUUUUUUUUUUAGUCUCUAUAAAGCUUAGUGCUAGUUUGGGAUGAGAACACACAUAUAUAGGACAGCAAAAAUUAAGAGUGUAAUCCAUUUUUCAAAAUUUAUUUGCUAAAAGUUAAUUUUGAGAGUUAGCUCUAAUGAAGGACUCAGGACUUGCAUCUCUACUUAAACUUAAGCCUAAAUAUAUAAUUUCAAAUGCUAUAGGUACUGCCUAGGGACAUCCAAAUUCAUUACUGACCUCUUUCUUUGAUACCAAUGCUGCCAGUGCCAGGGAAGUUUGGGAGGUGUUGGAACCAGUGGAAGCAUUCCAGAAACAUUUUAUUUUUUCAAAACCACUUCCAUAAAUAACCUUUUUUUUUCCACUUGGUUCCUCAUUUUUACUUUAUACCAUAGUAUAGGGUGGGGGGUUUAUAUCAAAGUAGUUUCUACUUUAUGCCAUACACAAUUAUAGAUAAAUACCAAAUUCAGUACUGCCCUAAUUCCUGACUAUCUGUGAUGGAUACAGACCUAAAGCCUCCACUAAAACCAGCUAAGAACAGCAACUCACAAAGCAUCAUUAUCUACUUUCAGUCAUGUUUCCAAAUGCUAAAAAAGGUUUAAAAAUAGCUCUAAGAUACGUACAUUUCUACAGAAAAUCAUCUUAGAGAAUGAAAAUAAGAAUGUCUAGUAAGUUUUCUUCUAAGACUUAAAAUUUAUUAGAUGGUCUACGUCUGCAAGUACAACACAUCUGCACCUGAUACAGGCAGCAUUAUGGGGAUACACAGUAAAAUGGAAACUUGGUUUAUUGUCUGAACAGUAGUAAGCAUUAAUCUCUGAAUCUCUGAAUAAAUAUUAAAUAUUUUUA